AUGACUCUCGUCCACAUCGGUCAGUUUCCUCAUAACCACCACAGACACUAUGACAUCCAUCUAACCUACCCCCAACCAGUCCUCUUCAAAUUCCGCCCCGAAGUAACUGAUGAGCACAAACAACGCUUCGUGACAGAACUUAAAAAGCUCAAGAACCUACCAUGUGUCAAAUCUGGACGCCUGCUUGUGGGCGGGCCUAGUGUGACCGACCCCAUAGACCGCAGCAAGGGAUUCCAAAUCGCUCUAGUAAGCUAUCACGAGAACCUGGCUGCACUGGCAGAAUACCAGGCAAGUAAGGAGCAUCAUGAUGUGACAUCGACAUACAUGUUUCCAUACAAGGAGGACCUGGUGAGAUUUGAUUUCGAGGUUGACGAGGAGGAUGAGUAUAUGUGUGAAUUUCCGGUGUUGGGUUCAUAG